AUGGCUCUCACAGAGGCAAAUGCCAGCGACGACAAAGGCCCCAAGAUCCUCGCGGUGCUAUGGACGCUGACGGGGCUGACCGCCAUCAUGGUCAUCGCCAGGCUGUUUAUUCGCAGCAAGAUGCUGCGCAACAUGGGUCUGGACGACUAUCUCAUCGCCGUGUCGAUGGUGCUGGGGCUGGGAUACUGUGGCAUCACCUCGGCCAACGUGGCUCUGGGCUAUGGCAAGCAUGCCUACUUGAUCAGCCAGAGUACGCUGGAGAGGAUCAUGCUGCUGAACAAUCUCAGCUUCCUCAUUGGCAUUCUCUCUUUUACGCUGCCAAAACUGGCUGUGACGGCGAUGCUGAAUCGCAUUCUCAACCCGACCACACUGCAUCGCUGCAUCCUGUGGUUUCUGACUGGCUCAGCGGCCACGGUCUCGUGUAUCUGCAUUAUCAUCCUGUUCACCAUGUGCAAUCCACCGAAAGCGUUGUGGCAGACACAUCUCAUGAUGGAGGGCGCGACAUGUAAAAGCACGACGAUGCUGAUCGACUAUGCCAUCUUCACGGGAGCCCUCUCUGCGGUUGUGGAUCUCUAUCUGGCCUUUUAUCCGACCACGGUGUUGAUGAAGUUGCACAUGUCGCUGCGAAAGAGAAUGGCUCUGUGUGCUGCUUUGGGUCUCGGUUCGAUUGCCUCUGCCAUGGCGAUUGUCAAGUGCACCCAGCUCAAGUACCUGGCCGACAAGUCCGACUAUACCUAUGGAACGGCCGAUCUCGUCAUGUGGACCAAUAUCGAAUCCAACGUCGUCAUCAUCGCCUCGUGCAUCCCCACCCUCCAACCCCUCCUCGAACUGCUGCUCGGCAAACGCGAACUAUCCUCCUACAACAACAGUCGCAACAAAUACAAAAACGGCGGAUACGUGAACACCUCCUCCUUUGACCGAAGCAAGCGCUCCACCGCUCGCAAGCAACCCACCGACCUCACCAUCACCGGCGUCGACAGCCAGGAGAAUAUCUUGCAUGGAACGGACGCGCAUAAUCUGGGCCAGAUUCGGAGGACAGACAAUGUGACGGUGCAGUAUGAGAGCCGGGAAGAGGCGGCUGAGCAAGGACGGUCUUCUUGGUGA